AUGCACACCCUUGACAACUUUGCUUGGACUCAAAACCCAUACUUCCACGCCUCGGACAAGUACCAGCAUACUGAGACGUACAAAUGCCCAUCCGACACAGAGUACCCUCAGUGUAACAAUCAUACUGUUGCACAACAUCGCGAACGACAGUUCUGUGCGGACCCGUACGCUCACCAGACUCCUCUAUAUUGCCCCUCUUCCAAUCCUCCCCCUUUACUAUCCUCGCAUCACGUCGCUGUGCCUCCUGCCCAAUGGCAUACCUCCGACUCGUACUCCCUUGGAGACCGAGCCCCAGCGAACUACUGCUAUCCUCAACCUUCGAACCGCGGCGAGUUCGAGCUCUAUGGUGAUAUCGCGCCUCCUUCUCAUCACCAGACAUCGUUCAACUCUCACCAACACCAAUCCUACCAUCAUCAGUUCGGCCAGAACACUUACUAUUCUCCCGUCGGCGAAGCGAAGGUGAAGAAGGAGAGUUGGGGAACGCCUCCCAGCUCCCGCAACGCGUAUUCAGGUCUUCAUUCGCGGGCUGAACAGCUUCCCACCGAUGAGGAUGACAAUAUAUGGAAGGAGUGGAACUGGGGUUGGAAUGCGCCCCCCAAAAACACCACGCGGCCUGCUGAUAUCGGGCCAUCUCGACUGGACAACUCGUCUGGUGCAGGCCGUUGGUGA